AUGGCCAGCGAAGCAACAAGCGCUGAAGCCCGCGAGCUCUCCCUAGUUUCCAAAGUUGAAUUUCGAAUUGCUCUCGCGGACUCGGAUGAACAGCUCCAGUUACUGCUACGGACAUACCUUGCACCGUUGCUUUUGAAACUAGGAUCUGAACAUAUUUCUGUGCGUAACAAGGUCAUUGCGCUCUGCCGACAUAUCUGCACUCGGAUUCAACCUCUCACCUUCGACCUCCCGCUCUUAGCACUACUAAAGCAGUUCAAAGAAACUCAGUCACCCCUCGUCAGGCAUUUCGAUCUAAUCUAUAUCAAGCUGGCUCUGGAGCAUGUCAGCCCAGCCCAGAGAGCAGAACAUUUUCCCCAUUUAGUCCUCGGCGUUUCUAGAUUCGGACCCAAUACUGAUGAUGCAGCCAGCAUCUUCAAUCUCAUUCUGAGGUCUUUAGUAGCUCUAAAGUCACCUUACGGGGGCGAGCAGGAAGGGGUGUCUUUUCGCGACCAGCUGGGAAUUUCUAACGAGGAUGCUCUCUAUUUGUCGAAAUGGAUCAGUAAACUCCUCAUGCUCAUCCCUGUUGGCAGUCCAAGGACGUCUUGUCCUGGUCUUUCAAAGGCGGAAUUUAAUUUCCUAGUUAACGGAAGUGAGUUUCAUGAAGUCUGGAACUCCAUAUCGCCGGCGGGCCUGAGUCUUAAUGACACCAAGAUCGCUGCAAUUAAAUUUCUCGCUAGUGGCGCAUUUACUGAUCGGGAGCGAUAUAUUCCUGCUGUUAUUGCAAGUGCCAGCUCAAACGAAAGUAUAUCUACCCUUGGUAUGGAUCUACUCAAACGAACGACAUCAUUUUUAGAGGAUAGUGAUAUCGUGAGCGAGUUAUUCGAUAUAUUUUCCGGCGUUGACACGGAACUGCCAGCGUCUCCAGCCAUCCGGACGAAGGUACUGAGUCUCCUUAGCAAAUCGGUCAAGGCCACCGCCGACAUAAACCGUAUGAACUUCUGUCUUGACAGUCAUGAUAUUUUUGAGACAAACUUGUUUGUCAAGGGCUUAGAGGGUAAUAAACUUCGAAAUCAAUUACUUCAGUUUUGUAUGUGGUUUGCCCGGAUGAGCCCAUCCGUUUCUACGGUUGCACCGCGGAUGGUAGAUAAGAUUCAAGAAUUCAUCCAGACGUGUGGCUGGCCUUCUCAGGUGGAGCGAAGCAAUGCUUCUAGACAGACGUCUAGAAAUCUCGCUUACGACACCAUUGGUGUUCUCGCUUCAAAACUUGACCAUUCUUCAGAGGAAGGCGGGAAGCGCCUGGAGAUGCUGAUUAGGUGGUUUUUUGUGGCCUUUAGCUCGGACGUAUCCAAUGGCGAAGUGUUCACCAGCAUCGACCAAGCUUUCGGCAGCCUUACAAACUCUGUUGCCCGAAAGCCAAACAUAUAUACACUCGAUAGACUCCGCGAAUGUUUGAUGCAUUACAUGAACCUAAUACCAGAUGAAAUAGACCCAAAGUCAUCGUUCAAAGUUAGCCGCAGCCCGAAGUCAGCAGUCUUGCGUUUCGUGAACACAUGCCUACCUUUUAGAGAUGUUGAUGCACGAUGGAUAAAUAUCAUGGCUUUGGCGGCAAAUCCUACCCAGGAUCUUGGAAUUAUAGAAGAAGGACGAAAAGGCCUUGAUCCAUACUUGUACCGGAUAUUGAAUCCGCCAGGAACCCUUGACUCAUCGGCUCCCGCACCGUUUAAUGCAGACUUCUUCUAUCGACUUCCAAACUUUUCUGAUUUAGUGGAAUCGGUACUCUUGAGAAAUGGGGAUGGAGCAGGAGUACCACGCGUUUUAAUAUACUCCACGCUCUAUUCCAACGCUUACGCUCCGGCAAUGGCCUUCCUUCGAAAUGUUUUGCUCUGCGAGGCAUUAUCAGAAUCGGGGGUGCCAUUUAAUGUAGAAAAUCCUAACUGGGAAGAACGUCUUGAUGUGAUCAUUUCAACAUGUGAAGUGGCACGCGAGGCUGUGAGGUCAUUUUUAAAGAUAUGCCCUCCUCUCACUAUUCAGCUGAUGCUGUCCGGUUUCCUUAAGGGCGCCUCAUCCUCCUCAGAUACACCGCUCGGGCGUACUGCAGAGUACUUUGUGGAGAUCAGCUCCCUUUUAUCGACAGAUACCUUGAAUUCAUUUAGAGAAAGCUAUAUGUUUUCCGCGUAUUCUGUUGAGAGUAUUCGUCCAAGUGCUCAUGCCGCCAUCGCGCGCAGCAUUGGGAUUACAGCGUCUCUUGAUACCAAUUUCGAAACCCAAGAAAGACUCUGCAGCCAAGCUUUAGACAGACUUUCAGACGGGCUUACACAACGAGUAAAACAUGCGGAGACUGUUCGCGGUGAUUUUCUUACCCUCAUGUAUGUUUUCACUCGGUUAUCCUUUCGUGGACAUCACGAAGCACUACCCAUUACCCAAGUGAAAAACUUCUAUAUCCUUCUUUUGGACAUACUUCAACAAUCUAAGGACGUAGACCUUCGAGAAGCAGUAAUAGUGUCUGUGGGGGAGUUGAGCCUUGCUUCGCUCUUAUCAGCCGACCUUUUACCAGAGAAUGGUUUCCGGGAGAUGCUAGGGACAGUGUUAGACGACGCUAAGAAGGGGAAAGAGUCUGCCAUUAUCGCAUUAGGCCGGCUCUCUCUUGCAUUUAGAGAAGAGAAAGAGCUGUUUGAUCGUUUACUAAGCUCAUUGUAUAGUUUUCACGAGCUUCGAGGCAUCGAGAUUCAGCUUUCGAUUGGCGAAGCUCUCAGUGUUGUCGCUGUUGGCUGGGCUUCGAAAUCAUUGCUUACAAUAUUUGAUGUGGAUUCUGAGCGCCCCCAAUCACAUAUUCCUUCACACGUUCUAUCCGAUAUGCUUGUCAAUAUUUUGAGAGACUGCAAAUCGCCCAAGCCAUCGCUUAAACGUGCUUCGGUGGUUUGGCUUCUGAGCCUCGUCCAAUACUGCGGUCACUGUCAACAAGUGCAAGAUCAACUUCGACAAUGUCAGGCAGCUUUUGUUUGGCUGUUAGCCGAUCGCGAUGAGAUUGUGCAGGAGACUGCCUCUCGCGGGUUAAGCCUUGUGUUUGAGAAAGGCGGUCGAGAGCUUAAAGACGACUUAGUUCGUGACUUGAUCCAAUCCUUUACGGCAGAGAGUUCAAACCUUGGUGGUGGCAGGGUAUCUAUCGAUACACAGUUAUUUGAACCCGGAGCACUACCCACUGGGGACGGCUCUAUCACGACUUACAAGGACAUUGUUGGGUUAGCUACAGAAGUUGGAGAUCCCAGCCUCGUGUAUCGGUUCAUGUCUCUUGCCUCAAACAACAGUGUUUGGUCUAGUCGUGCAGCUUUUGGUCGAUUUGGGCUAGGCGAUAUCUUAGGCGACUCGGGAAUAGAUGGAUAUCUUAGCAAAAAUCCUAAAUUCUUUCCAAAAUUAUAUCGUUACAGGUUCGACCCGAACCCAAAUGUGCAAAAGUCGAUGAACGACAUUUGGAAUACGCUGGUGAAAGAUUCCAAUGCAGUCAUCAAUUCACAUUUUGAUGCAAUCAUGGAAGAUCUGCUGAAAAGCAUUCUCGCCGGAAAAGAGUGGAGGGUUAGACAAGCCAGCUGUGCAGCUAUUGCGGAUUUGAUCCAGGGAAGGCCUGUUCAACAAUAUGAAAAAUUUCUCAGCGAUAUUCUCACCAAUGCUUUCAAGGUGCUAGACGAUAUCAAAGCGAGUGUUCGGGAAGCAGCAUUUAAUUUAUGUCAAACACUUAGCAACACCCUUAUCCGGUCGUUUGACGAGGGGAUAGCUCGUUCAGAGAAAACGCAGCUGAUGCUGCAGCGCUUUAUACCAUUUCUUUUACAUUACGGUAUGGAGUCAAACGUUCCGGAGAUACAAAUAUAUUCCAUAACGACGAUGACUACACUAGUCCGCAAGAGCCCAACAAAUGCCUUGGGGCCAUACAUUCCAGAUAUACUAGAAAAAUUCCUUUUGUCCUUAAGCUCUGUGGAACCGGAAAUGAUGAACUACAUAUACUUGAAUGCAGAUAAAUAUGGAGUUUCGGGUCAGGAUAUCGAUAAAGCUAGGUUAAAUGCGGUAAAUAAUUCCCCUAUUAUGCAAUCCAUCGAGCUAUACCUGCUUGAUAUGCUUGACAGUGCUAGUAUGAAAGAGGUUGUGUUGAAACUAGAAAAUGUCCUCCGGUCAGCAAUUGGGUUACCAACCAAGGCAGCCUGGUGCCGGGCAUUAGUUAGACUAAGCUCAAAGCCAAUUUUGUUUCAGCCCUAUGCCGACCGAUUUAUCCAGCUGACCAAGACGCAUAUCCUGGGUCGGAACCACACCUUAAAUGUCGCGUUUAGCACUGCAAUUGGGCACAUGAUGCGUUGUGCAAGCGACGAGCAAAUGCUAAAAAUCAUGGAGUAUGCUCAGAAAAUAUACUUUGACUCUGAAAGUACACUGGAGCGAGUUGCGGCUGGCGAGUUGUCCUGUUCUCUCUCGAAACAUGCUAAUGACCGGGUGAACCGUGUUUUGGUGUGCUUCGUGCCGUUCGUAUUCGUGGGUAAGCAUGAUACAGACGAGGAGGUGCGAAAAGCAUUUCAGAAUGCGUUAGAGAAUACUAUCAACGAGCCCCAGGCAGCGUCGCAGCAUUUACAAGAAGUCCUCGAUCUGGCACAUAGCGGACUGGAUUCUCCACGCUGGGCCAUUAAGCAUGCCUCUGCCCUUGCUAUUGCAAAAGUCGUGAAAGUCUUGAGUGCGCGGCUAAGUACGGCGGCGACAAUGCGUGCCGUGUGGCCCGGCCUCGAGCGCGCCCUUGGUGGGAAGACAUGGGCGGGAAAAGAGCAUGUUAUACAAGCCAUGGGCGAGUUUGCGACUCGCGCAAGGCUGCCCUUGGUAGAGGCAAGAGAUAUCAAGAGUCAGAUGAUAGGUAUCGCCAUUCGAGAAGCAAAGAGAAACAACGAGGCAUAUCGCCCGCACGCGCUUAAAUGCCUGGGGAUAUUGGGAAAGGAGUUUGGGGGCACAGAACUAGCGGGCGAGGCCAUCACUAUCAUUCGGCAAAUGCUAAAAGCACAUGACACGGCCGAUCCCCCCCUUGCAAGCAAAGGCUCCAUGAGCCAGGGCGACGCUUUCGCGGCUGGCAUUGAAUGCAUGUUGAAAUGCCUGGACCCCUGCGCGCCUGCGGCAGCCUUGAGUGAGCAGACCAACGAGUGCAUCGGCCUCAUUGAGGCAGCGGUUGGCCCUGGUGGGAGGCGCGCGCGCCUCGCAUUAUACGACGGCCUUCAAGGCUUUUUCGACCGGGCGGACGGCCAGUCAGUUGCCGCCUUGGCGAACCGGCUCCUGUUCCGCGACGCGGAUGGGCUAGUGGAGGCGGCGAGGAUCAAACGGGCACAGGCCGCGGGCUCGUUGACGGCAGCCUGUGCGAGCGGCCGCGUGGGCGUCGAGGCCGGGUGGAGGGACGCCGUGCAUCGCUGGGGCGCGGAGGAGCGGUCGCAGGCGGUGAAGGAGCUGUUGGUGGCGGCAGCGGACAAGCUGGCGGGCCUGGAGGAUGGGAGGAACUAA